AUGCCUACCCUCCCUUCAAAAACAAUUACUACCCCCCUUCUGGUCAUCUUCGGUCCCUCCGGUGCAGGAAAAUCCACCCUUCUCAGCCGCCUACUCAACAAUCACCCCAAAAUCUUCGGUUUCUCCGUAUCUCAUACCACCCGCCCACCUCGCCCCGGAGAAACCAAUGGAAAACACUACCACUUCACAAACCGCACCAAUUUCGAAGCUCUCAGAGCACAAAAUCACUUCAUAGAGUCGGUCGAGUUCGCCGGGAACCUUUACGGGACAAGCGUCGGCGCUGUGAGGGAUGUUACAGAUAGCAGGAGGGUGUGCAUUCUUGAUAUCGAGUUGAUGGGCAUCAAGCAGAUCGAGAGUAAUCCAUAUGUGCAGUCCAGGCGGGUUCUAAUCAAGCCUCCGGAUCACGAAACGUUACGGAGGAGACUACGGAAGCGUGGGACAGAGCCGCCGGACGUCGUGGAGGCCCGCCUGACUAGGGCAUUGAGUGAGCUGGAAUUUGCCGAGGGAAGUGGCAUAUACGACAAGGUCAUCGUCAACCAGAACGUUGACCUAGCUUAUCAGGAAUUGGACGAGUAUUCAAUGUCGCUCUAUCGAUCCGUAAACAACAAAAGAGAUCAUGUUUGAAAUCCCAGCUGGGGGUCUUUGUAGAAUCCCAUGCAACACACACGGUUCGACCGAAGGAGGAAGGAGGAAGGAAAAGGGGGAGGAACACCAUUCACCUCGGAAGGAGGAUUUGUGGAAGAAAAAAAAAAUUUCAAGCUGAAAGUUUAGAAACUAUAAA